CUUGGAGUCCUCUUGUCCUCUUGGAGCUGAUGAUGGUAUGGACCGUACGUCACUGUACUACGGCGAUCAAACUUCAACUUGGUGGUCGCUGGCCUCGCGGUCUCAUUCACGAAGAUACCAACUUAACUGGAUGAAGACUUCGCGUGACGCUCGUUUCUCGUUGUAGGUGGCGGCGUGAUCGGUCUCACUACGGCCUUAGCGUUGCUGCAGAGCGGCUUCAAGCACGUCCAGGUCGUCGCGAAGAAGUUUGAGGCCACCACGUCCCACGUAGCCGGGGGGCUCUGGAUGCCGUUCGCUCUGCCCGAUGGAGUCGACACCGUAAGACCUCGCAAAUGGUGCGAAGUGACAUACGCGUGGUUGGAGACGCUCCACAAGGAGAAGGGAGAGUCGUUGGACAUUCAUAUUGUCCCGGGCGUCGACGUUUCUGCUGUCGGAGCUCCUCAAGUGAUCCAUCCGUAUUGGGCGCAUUGUGUCGAGAACUUCCGUCUGCUCAGCCAGGAAGAAGCUGCCGAGGUGUCACCUGGAGCAACGCACGGCUUCGCGCUCGAUACGAUCAUUUACAACCCCAAGUACGUCUACUGUUUAAUACUAUUGUGCUGAUAGUUAAACUUGACGCUCUUGUAGACCUUUCAUGCUGUGGCUUCACGAGGAGAUACAGAAGCUGGGUGGCACUUUGAAGCAGCGUCGUGUCAAUGCUCUAGACGAGGAAGAAUGUGACCUUUUAGUGAAUUGUUCUGGUCUGGCGGCGAAGGAACUGGCUGGAGAUGGCACGAUGUUUCCGAUCCGUGGCCAGAUCAUUAACGUGUACAACCCAAAGCUGAAGGAGCUCAAGAUGUCGGUCGACAAAGACGGAGAGUACGCGUACGUCAUCCCUCGUCCAAACGGCGACGUUGUGCUUGGUGGGACUGUGCAGAAGCACAACUGGACUGCAGAGAACAAUGACAGUGAUGUCGACGGUGUCUGGGAGCGCUGCUGUCGUCUAUGGCCUGAGGUGCGCAACAGCAAAGUGAUUGCCAAGAUGGCGGGGCUUCGACCGGGGCGCACUGGAGGUGUGCGUCUUGAGGUGCAGGCUGCUCCAACCAAGCGUGGUGCAGUGCUGAUCCACAAUUAUGGACACGGCGGAUCAGGUCAUACGCUACACUGGGGCUGUGCGCAAGAAGUGGUUGAGCUGGCCAAGCAGCGCUUUCCUGUUGGAUUAACUAGUAAGUUGUAAGCGGACGAUGUAUGAAGCCAAUUGAGGAGAUUCCAAGGCUAAAUUUCAUAAAUGGAGCAAACUGCUACGUUCACUCGAACUUCUUCAAGUCGGCGUGGCUCCAUUCCUUGAGACCUUC